AUGGCUCACUGUUGCACAGUGUUCGUCGCAUGGAUUUUGAUUCAGUGUUUUGACAGGGCGUGGUCAUGGGAGGCACUUGUGGUGAAGAGUUUGGUGUUUGCGCGUGCUGGAUCCCCCGUCGAGCUCCCCUGCAGUUACAGCACCUACAUCUCCCACGGCUUCACCCUGGAGUGGCGCUACGCCGCCCCUGGGACACCCGCCAUCCAGGCAGAGAGGGUGUUGUACUACAAUGGGAAGCUAUACUGGGUACAUUCUUGGGAGAGCAGGAUGGUCUUGGUGCAGAACCCUCCCGUGUCGGGCCUGGCCUCUGUGAAGAUACUCAGCGUCCAGCCGUCUGACGGCGGACUCUAUAUAUGUGACGUCACCAAUCCCAAUGACUGGACUGGCAGUGGACAGGGUUUGAUCAACCUGACUGUGCUAGUGGCUCCGUCUGUGCCAGUAUGUCAGCUGACUGGCAGCACCUACACAGGAGACGACGUCACUCUUACGUGUCACAGCUCCGAGGGGUUUCCGACACCCGUCUAUUCCUGGAGUCGAGAGACAGGCUCUGCCCCUCUGCCUCCCAGCAGUGUCGUGGAAGAUCGGCAUACUGGCUCUCUUAUCCUGACCAACCUGUCGGCCACCUUUGCGGGGACAUAUAUCUGCAAGGCGUCCAAUGACCUGGGCGUGGCGGCAUGCAGCAUCGCAGUUAAAGUGGCCCAUGGUGGCGCUGCAGAGGUGGUUGGUGGCGUGCUUAUGGGGGUUUUCUUACUCGUGCUGCUGAUUGGCGCGGUGACGGCCUACUUCCUCUGCUACAGGAAGAGGCCUCGGCGUCACGCCAACGCUCUGGGGAUGAGUCUAGACCCAUCAGGGCAACGCCAGUCCAAGGGUCGUUUGCUUUCUCGUACUCUCAGUGACGAUCACCCUCAGCACCUCAGAGUUUCACACUUCAGCCCUCUUGUGUGAGGGUACAGAGUCUCCACGUGGGCUCAUCAACAGGUGUUCUACCAGUUGUUUACUUUUUCUGACAGGAUGUGUGCUUUUUAAAAAAAAUAAAUGUAGUGUAUUAUUUUGUGCUAAAUGUAUGAACCAUAACACUCAAUUAAGGUUAAUGAUAAAUGGUAAAUGAUGAAAUUAUCAUUUAAUGAUGAUACAACUUGAAGUAGAUACUUCAGUGUGUAAUAUUUUGAUGGACGAUUAUACUAGGUAUAAAGAGCUCAUUAAUGAUAUGUGGCUUUAUCAGCUGUUACUGAACCUGUUUUUGUCUUCAGUACUAAAUAAUAAAACAGCAUUUACAUAUGCAUAAUAAAAAAAGGCAUUUAUGUGCAAAAUUACAAAGUUAAAAAAAAAAAAUGCACAGGCAAGUUAAAUUAUUUUGAUAACUUCCUAUUAUGCAAGUACUAUACUUUUACGUUUGUCAAGGUAAUGACAAAAUUGAGCCAAAACAGUUCUCUAUAAGUCAGUAUUUAUUUUAGCCGAAUUUGGUGGUGGUCUCUAGGAAUCAAGGCUGGCACGACAAAGACGACCAGAGAAUACAUGAGUGCCUCAAACCCGUUUAAUUAAAACUACAUUUACUUUGAUUCUUGAUACCAGUCCAGGGGCUGCAAGGAAGAGGUGGCCCCUACAUGUGUAGUCACAACCAAUCAGUGUGACUCUUCUUCCACAGUGGAACUACACUAGAUACUGAUGUCUGUGAACUCAGUUCUGGGACUGGGAAUCUGACUCCCACUCUAAUCAGUGCUGUAUUUUGGUGAUUGGACCCCUUAAUUGCAGUCACUGGUCAUAAUUACAGGACUAACUAGAGAUAAAAAGUUCUGAAUAGGUCAAAGUCCAACCAUCUAAAAGCUUCAAGUGCAAAUCUCUCUCUCUUUUUUUCCCCCUCCAGUUAAGCUUUAUACUGAGGAACAAGACUGUAUAUGUGCAAAUGAACAUAUAAGGAAUCUA